ACUGUCUAACAUCUCUAUUACAUAGGAAGUUUUCAUGCAUAAUUUAUAUCUACAUAUUUGAUCAUCAUCAUCUAAACCUUGUUCAAACUAUAUGAGGUGGCUACAUGAAAUCCUGUUUGCCAUUCCAUUCUAUUUAAUGCCAUACCAUUGUUGAUAUUGUUAAAUUAUGAGUGCUUAACUUAUUUCUUAACUCUUCAACCUCUGUCCUUUUUGGUCUGCCACUAGCCCUUCUAGCCCCUUCAACUUGCAACAGAUAACAUCUUCUUAAAUCUAUUAUUUUCUUUUAGAACCUGAGAGAUGUGUAUGCAUUUUCAUGUUAUCAGAUGAGAUGUAUCAGAACCCACCAAAUUUGUACAACGUUGAUGAAAUUCAGACUUUACUAAAGGAAAUUUCUAAAAAUUACAACCUGCUUCAGUGUCAUGUGAUAUGGAAUCAAUUCAUUUUUGUUUUACAUACACUUUUGGAUCCACACUCUUGACUCUUGUUAGGGAACAAUGGGAGGGCAGGAUUCUUGUAUCUGACCUCAAAUAGUUGGGGUUAAGUCUGAGUUGCACUAAAUCCAUAUUGAAUUCUAGAGAGCUUGAAUGCAAAUAAUUGUGCGUACUUGGGCCCUGGAGGAGUUGAUGCCUUUAUAUAGUAGAGCUGCCGUGGGUCUCACGAAACGAUUCCGGGAUCUUCGGCCUGAGUAGAUGAGAUCCGUUUCCGCUUUAGACGGGGAGUAACGUAUCAGUCAAUGAAGUCUAUCGUUACCGCUCGAUCCGGGCGGGUAGAGGAUAACGCCUACCGUUGCCCGGCGUGAUCCCGGGAGGUUCGAAGUCUGUUGAGAAGCUUUUGGAGUUGAUUGCGUGUCACUUUGAUUCCUGGGACCCGAACUGACUUGGGUGUUGAGGUGCCUCUAUACCAAGGUGACUCUACGUCGAGGUGGCUUUAUACCGAGGUGACCGAACACCCGAGCUCUGAAAACUACUGACUAGGCUCCUCUUGCUAAGUUGUCAUCCUAUUGGCAGAUUGCGACCACGUGACCUUUGCUUACUAGGUUGUGCCAAAUUACCCCUCCUCAAUUGCUCCCACUCCUCGUGACAGGUGUCUUGACCUGGCGCGAGGAGUUCAUGACGAGCUUAGGUGGAUUUGGCACGAUGUCUAGGUGGUAUGGAGGGCGGACCUUCGGUUGGACCUGUUCGACCGUUUGGCUCAACCAGGAAGUGACCCAGAUCGCGUAUCAGGUAUGUGCAGACGUCAAGCUGAUUUUAAACUCUGAGGAUGUCAAAACACGCUCUCAACUGAUUUCAACCUUGGGUAGUGUGCAACCGAUUUUCCUAGGAGCCGUUGGAUCGCGCAGAUCUCGACCAUUGAUCCCCGGAUAUAAUGGCUAUAAAUAUGGGCCGAAGGGCCCAUAUUCUUUGCCACAAACUGCGUGUCUGAAGUCCUUGAGGUCGCAUCCAAUAGGGGUCGAGGUCGUCUUGCUUUCUUCAGUCUUCUUUGGUGAGUUUAUCUUCCUUUGCUUUCGACUCCAUUGUCCUUUCCAUUAGCAUGCCUAGUCUUAGCUUAGAUAGCCUUUUAGAUGGGAGCGGUGAAUCCGUUGGGGCCGAGGUGGGUACCUCGGCAUAGACUGCGGAGCCUCAUCCUACUGAGGUGGGCACUUUGGCAUAGGAUGUGGACUCCAGCCUGUUCAAGGCGGACUCACCUCGGCGAGAACGAGGAGUCUCUGGCAAGUCGGCCUCCACCUCACACCAAGGUCGCCUACUGGACAGCUUUGGUCCGUCUACAAUGACAGCGGAUAGGCUCCUUGUCUUUAGUAGCUCGGUACAGACUCCCUAAUAACUUGGUAUACAGUAUUCCCUUAGGCAACUUUCCUUGAGAUCACGGUCAUGAUGAGAUCGUGGUCUUCGAGGAGCAGCUCGUAGCCGGGUUGUGUCUUCCACUCCACCCUUUCAUAGCCGAACUUGUUAAGUUUUUAUCGCCAUAGACCAGCUACAUCCGAACUUCAUCCGCAACAUCGUAGGUACCAUUUCCCUUUUCCAUGAUUAUAACCGACCUCUAGACUUCGACAUCUUUUUUCCGAUCCUCUCCAUCAAGAAGAACUCGACCCGUGUUCUACCUGAGCAUAGGCGAUGUUAUUACAUGUCUCCUCGCCCCGGGUACAAGCUGUUGCACGAGUUCCCAAACAAAGUCUCGGCCUAGAAGAGACGUUACUUCGUGGUCCGUAACACCGAGGGGUGGCCGUUCUCGACUCACUGGAGGGUAGCCAUCCAGGACCUCGGCAUCGGAUUGAACCCAAAGAUACGGUAGGAGGUCCGAUCUUGGGCGAAGCUCGGCCUAAAGUUCGAAAACUUCAUGACCGAGGAGAAACUCGUACAAGCUGGUCUAAGUCCUCCUGGUAGGUCACCAACUAUUGUACUUGUUUUCUUUGUUUUGUUUUACUUUGAUGUUGCAUCUAACUCGGUUUGUCAUCUUUUGCAGCUACUGUGGCUGACAUCCCCGCUGAUGAGCUCUUUGGGAGCAUGCAGAAGGGGAAGAAGAAGAAGAGGGCCUCCAAGAAGGCUCGCCUCCACACCGAGACCACCACCUCUGACGUCGACGCCUCCAUCCCCGAGCACCCACCAGUCGCUGAACAACCUCCUGUGAUUGACUUGGAUGAGGAGGACCAAGGCAAGGCUACUCCGCCUCACGUGCCUUAGGAGACCACAUCUUUCGAGCCCUGGCACGCGUAGGCGACCACCACUCUGUCGAGUAGUGAUACUUCUGCUUGGAGCAUUUUGAUUCCAAAGUUCGGCCUCCUCAAAAGCAAGGAUGCGAUACUCGCCGAGGAGGUCGCUCGUUGGGCUGACUUACCGGUUGCUCAGCUCGGGGUCAAAGCGGCCACACACUGCAUGGUGGUGAACUCCUCGAUCCAUGCCCUGACCUACCAGUCCAAGGUGAACUUGAAGCAAGCUCUCGAAGCCGAGGAGUCCUCCCGAAGUGCCCACUCUGAGUUCAACUUAGCUCGCAAUGAGAUCAACCAUUUGAAGAACGAUGCGCGAGCCAAGAAGGAGCUGUUGACUCUGUUGAUGGCGGAGAAGAAGGAGCUAGAGGCAGAGAAGAAAGAGUUGGAGGAGCGCGAGGUGACUCUGAAGAGAGAGAAUGAGAACCUUGAGGCGCUGGUGAAGGAGUGGACUAAAAUUCUGCUUCAGGCAAUGGAGGAUGCGAAGGUCAAGGCCGUUAAGGAAUACAAGUCUUCGGCGGAAUAUUGCGAGAAGCUGGUCGAGGCCUGGACAGCGGGCUACCGCGAGGGGUUUAAGCUCAGCAGAUGGUUGACUCGACGUGAAUUUUCCCACCUCGGCCUCAAUGCCAUCACAACAUUCAAGAUCACUAAGGAGAUGAUGCGCGAGCCAAGAAGGAGCUGUUGACUCUGUUGAUGGCGGAGAAGAAGGAGCUAGAGGCGGAGAAGAAAGAGUUGGAGGAGCGCGAGGUGACUCUGAAGAGAGAGAAUGAGAACCUUGAGGCGCUGGUGAAGGAGCGGACUAAAAUUCUGCUUCAGGCAAUGGAGGAUGCGAAGGUCAAGGUCGUUGAGGAAUACAAGUCUUCGGCGGAAUAUUGCGAGAAGCUGGUCGAGGCCGGGACAGCGGGCUACCACAAGGGGUUUAAGCUCAGCAGAUGGUUGACUCGACGUGAAUUUUCCCACC